GUCUGAAAAAUAAAAUUUUAUUUUAUACUUUACAAAAGAUUAAGGAAAAAAUAUCAAGCAAACAUCUUUUAGAGGUUAAAUGUCAGAGAGUCUCUACCACCACAAGAGAUGAAGACACUUAAGCAAGUUGUGAAACACUUUGAGCAACAAGGAAACACAGAGCACAUUCAGUGCAUAAAAACUUGCACACACACUCGAGAGGUUCAGUGUACUCCACAGUCUCCAGAUCUAGAAUGAGUACCUUUGGGAUGAGGAGAAAGAGCAGAUUGACAUUAUGAAUGUGCAGCUGAUAAAUCUGCAGCAACUGUUUCAUGCUACCAUCUCCACAGAGACCAGACUUUCUAAAAAUAAAUAUUUCCAAACCAUUACUAAAUCCACGCCACAAAGAAAUCAGGUUGUUCUCGGUUUGUAGUUGUACCUGAUUAAGUGGCGGUUAUGCAUAAAAAAUUGCCAUAAAUUAUAGUAGUAAAGGUACCAGAAGCUGCAAACAUUACAGAUAAUGAGAUUCUCGUUACAAUCAAGUUCUGAUAUUAUCACCAAAAAGUUAUGAAACAACUAAAGCUGAUGAUGAUCAACUCUUCCUUGAACAGUCUCUAACUUAAAUGCUGUUAGAUCAGUGCAACUGAUCUGAAUGCAGAGCAUGCUGCAGCUUCUGCCGUUAUCUUCCGGGUGUGGGUUCCUUGAAUCUUUCUAUAAAAGCAGAGCCCAACAUCUCUGUGGUGCACACUGAGUGUAACUGAGCUGUCUACAAUGAGCAUCCGCUGGCAUAUCACUUGUCUGCUACUGCUGCGUUCCUGCACCCCAGGUUUCUCCACGCAUGAUGGCAUUGUUGGUGGUAAAGUCUCCGCUCCACACAGUCGACCGUACAUGGUCUACAUCCGUGACAAGUUUACAAAACAAUCAUGUGGUGGUUUUUUGGUAAGAGAGGAUUUUGUGAUGACAGCCGCCCACUGCAUACAAAGUAAUCUUAUGGUUUAUUUGGGGGCCGGUGACACCAAACAUUUACCUGCCGGUGUAGAUGUAGAUCCCAUUCCAUAUCCAGGAUUCAAUAUGAAAAGGAAAGGUCAUGACAUCAUGCUUCUAAAGCUCAAAACCCCAGCAAAUUUGAACAAAACUGUGAAUACUAUCGCUUUGCCAAAACUUGAGAUUGAAAAAAUAUCCAAGGACUGUAUGGUCAUGGGUUGGGGCUGGCAAGAUUACCAUCAUGAGUCUCCUUCAGAUGUGCUCAAAGAAGCAAAUGUGACUCUGAUAGACUCUGAAAACUGUGGCACAGCUGAUACUCUGUCCACUAAGGGAUCAGCUGGACCAGCACAGGGAGACUCUGGCGGUCCACUUGUUUGUGGAGGUGUUGCACAGGGAAUUGUGUCAUUUUACAAUACCAAAACAAAGCCAUACCUCACAGUGUACACUCAUAUUUCCCACUACUUUUCAUGGAUUCAUGACCACAUGAAACCUACUCAGCAGCAAUAUGAAACAUGAAAGGGCAAGCUGGAUAAAUUCAAUUAGUUGUCUGGUUCAAUGCAAGUUCUAUCAUUUAUGUUUGGGUUCAGUUUUACACCAAUCAUGUGUGACAUUAAAUGUGCACGUUUAAAAUAAAGGCUCAUUUGUAACCCUUUCA